CCUCAAAAAUCUGAGGCUCAAAUUUAAUUAGAGUAGCUACUGAGUAACCAGUAGGUGGUGGUAGAGGCAAUAAUGGCUUUUAUACGAGAUCCUUGCGGGGUUGUAUGCGUAGUCAUCACCUACAUCGCAAUUAUGUAUGCUGACUAUGUGGUACUGCGUUGGAUUAUUCUACAAACUAUGGAGGACAGCAUUUGGGCCCCAGUACAUGUGGUUAUGUUUAAUACAAUAAUUUUCCUAUUGUGUAUGUCCCACUUGAAAGCAGUGCUUUCAGACCCUGGACGUGUGCCAUUGCCCGCGAGUCGCUUAGAUUUUUCAGAUCUUCAUACAACCGGGAAAAAUAACAAUGGCGGAGGCAGCGAGUGGACAGUUUGCACUCGGUGUGAGACCUAUCGUCCGCCACGCGCCCAUCACUGCCGUAUUUGUAAGCGCUGUAUACGGCGCAUGGAUCAUCAUUGUCCUUGGAUUAAUAACUGUGUAGGAGAGAGAAAUCAAAAAUUUUUCUUACAGUUCCUUUUCUAUGUCGGAAUACUCUGUAUUUAUUCUGUUUCAAUGGUGACCUACAGUUUCAUAUACCCUUGCACAAGUUGCAAUGUAUCUACUCUGGAAACGCAAACAAGAAUGCUUCAUAGUGUGAUUCUGCUAUUGGAGUCGGCACUAUUUGGCCUUUUCGUGUUGGCUAUAAUGGUAGAUCAAAUGCAUGCUAUAUUGCACGAUGAGACGGCUGUCGAAGCGGUACAGAUGAAGGGAAAAGAUAUGCAAUUACCGAACCGGCGAAAAAUUCAGUUAUUCGCUGAUGUUUUUGGACGCGGCCAUCCGGUUUGUUGGCUUAUGCCGUGCACCAAUUUCAAUUCGUCACAGCGCUACUAUGAUACUCCACUAUUAAUGAGCUACGAUGUCUAAGAAAAAUUAAAGGUAUUCUACGACUGCACUGCACAGCUUCAGAAUUGUGUACAAACAUUUAUAUUUUAAAUAUUUAAUUUAACAUACAUUUUAGUUUUUAUAAAUUGGUGCUUUUGUUGCGUAGUCUUUGUUAUGCGUAAUACGUAUUAUUGAAAUAUUGAUUGUAUUUAUAAUUUCAAUUAUGCUAUUUAGACCUCUAAGCGACUAGAAAUUAUUUUAAGUCGCCUUAUAUAUAGAUUAUAAUUGUUGUCACAUACAUAGUAAAAUUUAUGGUAAACUUUUA